UACUCAUCACUGACUCCUUUAAGCUCUGCAAGUUCUCAGAUUUUCCAAUAAAGCAUUUAACUUACAAUUAAAGAACACACACAAGACAAUCCAUGGCGAUCAGAAUCCCUCGUGUGCUGCAAUCAUCGAGGCAGAUUCUCCGACAAGCGAAACUGUUGUCAUCUUCUUCCUCUAGCUCUCUUGAUGUUCCAAAAGGCUACUUAGCGGUUUACGUAGGAGAACAAAAGAUGAAGAGAUUUGUAGUUCCGGUUUCUUACUUGAACCAGCCUUCAUUUCAAGAUCUAUUAAGAAAGGCAGAGGAAGAGUUUGGAUUUGAUCAUCCAAUGGGUGGCCUCACAAUCCCUUGCAGUGAAGAAAUUUUUAUUGAGCUUGCUUCUCGCUUCAACUGAUCAUGACUCACUCAAAUAACCUUUUUUGUCAAUGAUUUUGUACAUUUUUUUCCCAAUUACUUUUCUUCAAGAGAUGAGAUGACUUAGAAACAUCUCUCCUUGAAAGUGAAACAGAGACUUGUAACACUCUUUUUCCUCACUUACAGUGAGUUGGACUCAAAUCUAAUCAAAAUCACAUGAUUCAUCA